GCGGUAGCCCGCGGCGGAGGCGCCGGCGCGCUUUGGCCGUGUGCUAGGCGGCCCGGGCGGCCGUACCAUGGAGCCGGGCACCGAGGAAUACGAGCUCAACGGCGAUCUGCGCCCGGGCUCUCCCGGUUCCCCCGACGCCUCGCCAGCCCGUGGGGCUUGGAGGAACCGGCCCAUCAAUGUAAACCAUUACGCCAACAAGAAGAGCGCCGCGGAGAGCAUGCUGGACAUCGCGCUGCUCAUGGCCAACGCGUCGCAGCUGAAGGCUGUGGUGGAGCAGGGCCAUGACUUCGCCUUCUUCGUGCCCCUUGUGGUCCUUAUCUCCAUCUCUCUUGUGCUGCAGAUUGGAGUGGGAGUGCUGCUUAUCUUCCUGGUCAAGUAUGACCUCAACAACCCAGCCAAGCACGCCAAGCUGGACUUCCUUAACAACCUGGCCACGGGACUGGUAUUCAUCAUUGUGGUGGUCAACAUCUUCAUCACAGCCUUUGGGGUCCAGAAGCCUGUAGUGGACGUGGCACCCCGGCAGUAGGACACCCAGAAUCCUUAGAGGUACCUGACCAGCAGCCCAGCUGUCCAGAGCCCUGCAACUGCCGUGCCCUCAAGGCAUCCCUCUCCUCGUGUGCAGCACUCCCCUAAGCCACCAGAGCCCAAGCCGGCCACCACUGGACCGUGGUCAGGGAUAGACUUCCAUCCAGCUGUGACUGCUGUGUGGGCGGCCACCCUAGGCAUGUGGGAACUGGACACAAGGCCAUGAAGAUCAGAACUGGACAGUCCCACGGAAACCAAUGCUCAGAGAAUAGUCACUGCCCACCCAAGGACAUGCAGCAAGUCUGUGACCGGGCUUGAUGAGGAGCCAGCACUGGCCUCUGUCUCAGGACAUUCCAGAAGGACCAGGAUAUACCCCUCCCUUUGCUGAUACCCAGUGUCCCCACAUCCCAUGGAGCCUGCACAGGUCACCCUGGAGACGGCUGCCUCUGCCGUUCCCCAGCCCAGGGACCUUGGACAACCAUCAGUACCUGUCGGUUCCAGUAGUGGCCACUGGGUCCAGCCGCAGUGCCUGGGCUUGGCUGGCAUCAAGAGGCAGCUGUGCCCCUGGGGGCUGCAGGUCAUGCUGGUACCUUCUACCAGUGACCUGCGAAGAGCCCCAGCUCCCUACUGGGAGUUGGCCCCAUUUUUUCUAAUCAGGAAUGACAAUAAAGCUAUGUGCUUCCC